AAUCUGAGUAUCAUGCUGUGCCUGUUAGUACUUGCACUUAUGGAUUGAAUGUCCAUGAACAGUGUUAAUAACUGAGUUUUUUCUUUCCAGAUUCUCUACCAUGAAUCUGAGUGUCAUGCUGUGGCUGGUGGUACUAGCCCUCAUGGACUGCAACCGGAAAGCUCUUUCUUCGAGUCUGCCCAAAGAAGUCAUCGCCAACGUGGAGUCCAACCUGCUGUCUCUUUUCGGCUUCAAGGGCAGACCGAAUAUCGACAAAUCGAAGGUGGUGGUACCGCAGGCGAUGAUCGACCUGUACGAGAGGCAGAUGGGGAUGGCCUUCGAUACGACGGCGAUCCCCAAAAGGGGGUGGAACACCAGAAGCGCGAAUACCAUCAGGAAAAGUCCGAUCGACGAGCGUUUCUCCACCCACCACAAAUUCCGCCUCAAGUUCGACAUCUUGAGCGUUCCUCGCCAAGAGCAAAUCAAAGCCGCCGAGCUCACCCUGAGCCGCAGCCGCAUCGACUGGCUGACAGACGGCGCUGACGACAAGUCUCACCUGCAGCGCAUCCUAGUCAGCGACAUCCUCAAGCCAGGAAUCAAAGGAAAAGCCGGGCCGAUCACACGACUCGUUGACAGCAAGCUCAUCGACAUCACGAAGAACGACUCCCUGAGCAUAGACGUGUUCCCAGCGGUGCUCAGGUGGCUGGAGCACCCCCACUCCAACCACGGCCUGCUCGUAACCGUUAAAGGACUGGGCAGGAGCAAAGGUGAUCCUGCGCGGCAUGUGCGACUGCGCAGGAGUACGACAGAGGACAGCAGCUGGAACAGCGUGCAACCGGUCUUGCUGACGUACACGGAUGACGGCAAAGGGAAGCAGCGGCGUGGGGCCGAGUUUGCGGAGAUCCAGAGGCGGCGCAGGUCUUCCAAGAAGCACGGGAGAUCUAAAAACGAGAAGAGGUACCCUUGCACCAGGCACAAAAUGUACGUGGAUUUUUCGGACGUGGGAUGGAACGACUGGAUAGUGGCUCCUCCUGGGUACGACGCUUACUAUUGCCAGGGGGAGUGCAAUUUUCCGCUUGCGUCGCACUUGAACACGACUAAUCAUGCGAUCAUACAGACCAUGAUGAACUCGGUGGUUCCGACGCAGGUGCCUAAGUCUUGUUGUGUGCCCACUCAUCUGAACCAAAUUUCCAUGUUGUACGUGAACGAGGAGCAGAAGGUCGUGUUGACGAAUUACAAGGAUAUGGUGGUGACAGGUUGUGGGUGUCGAUAGUGAUUCUUCCUACGAAGCUUGCCGAUUUCCCGUUCUACAGUGACUAGUGCAACGUGAUUGAGCUGUUGGGGGAAUCUGUGACUUCUUUUGUUGAAGGAGAACGACCUUAGAAAUUGUGUCUGUGAUCGUGAACUCAAGGCUACCGUAGCAUGAACUUCUGUCCCAGUGAAAUGUCAAAAAUUGUUGGACACAGGGUGAAACCCGCUGCUGACUAUUUCUCUUCUAGUCUGUGAUUGUAAUUUUAGGAUGAACAUAAAUUUUUAGGUUUAGGUCUGUUGUACAGUUAUUUGAGGGGUCGAAUGCAAUAUAUCAUAAUUUCAGUGCAAGUUUGUUUUGAUUCAGAUAGUAUUAUACAGUGAGAUUUAUCCUUCCCUUGACUCGAUAGCAAAUUAUGGAUCACAAUUCUGAAAAAACUAUAUAGAUGUUCGGCACCUGAAAUGACUGUACUUUCAAUUCAUUUUCACGAAACUGUUACCUGUUUACCAUCUGAAGAAACCAUAGAGUAUUUCUUCGAGUUUGAAAGCAGUGAACGUGGAUAUUUUAGAUUAAACUUGCAGUACUGAAAAUGUCAAAGAGUAAAUUGGAAGUGUAAUGACGGCUUCGAACUAUAGCGUUGUUUAACGUCAGAAACAGAAAAUUUUAUUGAACAGAAUUAUAAUAUUCUUC